AUGACCGAAGAAGAAACAAAGACAUUAAGCAAAAAAGAGCGAAAGGCUCUCGAGUUUAAACAGAAACUUGAUGAUAAGAAGAAAAAGAAGGAAGAUAAGAAAAGCGAGGAAAAACGUGAUAAAAUAAAAGACAAGAAGCCCCGGCCAAAGAAGCAAGAAUCUGAAACUAGCCAUGAAACAGAGCAAGAAAUUUCUUCUUCUACAACAGUAAAGCGGAGGCACGAGGAUGACGACAAAUCAGAGAAAAAGCAAGAUCAAACUUCACUACAGCCAAAGAAAAAGAAGCGCAAAGGAGCAUCUUCCAGCACACGGUUUAUUUUAUUUGUGGGCAAUUUACCCUUCAAGUAUAGCGUUAGCGAAUUAGAGGAGCACCUCAAGCCAUGCAGUCCCGAUGUAAUUCGGCCACGCGACAAUAAAGGCUUUGCUUUUGUAGAGUUUGCUGGCGAUGAUGCUUCUCGACGUCUCAAUAUUGCGCUGACCAAGUUGCAUCAUACAACUUUUAUGGGCCGCAAAAUUAAUGUGGAACUGACUGCUGGUGGAGGUGGAAACACGGUGGCUCGCAAGGAUAAAAUUAGAGAAAAGAAUGCCAAGCUGGAUGAGUCGCGCAAGGCCGAUGCAGAAAAGGAAAAGGCAGAGAAGGAACAGCGGAAACACGUCAAGUUUGGAGAAGACGGGAAAGAAGCACCAGCAGCUGAGCCAGUUUCUGAUGGAAUUCAUCCAUCUCGCAGAAAACUUGUCAAAAAGAAUUAA